AUGGGGACCAAGCACCACACCACUAUGUCCUACAAUCCCACAGCCAACAGCAUGGUGGAAAGGGUCCACUGCUCCCUCAAGGCUUCCUUAAUGGCACACUGUCAGGGAACCGAUUGGAAGGCACAGCUUCCCUGGAUCCUUCUUGGUCUACACACUGCCCCAAGAGCCAAUGACGACCCUUCCCCAGCAGAGAAGGUGUACGGGGAGACACUGACAGCGCCAGAGACGUACAUCGACAGGAGGAAGCAGUUCCGCUUGCGAGCCCUGGACUCCUGCAGGUUCAUCUUCGUGAGGAACGACGUUGACCGCUCACCCUUGAUGAGGCCCCACCAGAGCCUGCACCGAGUCGUCCAUCAGGAGGAGAAGGCAUUCCUCGUGUCAAUCGGCGGCCGUAAGGACUGGGUCUCAAUAGAUCACCUCAAGCCUGCCAUCUUCCCCAACGAAGACCACCCCGCUGAAGGCCCUUGCAAAACCCAUACGCUGCUGGUUCCUGACAGUGUCCCUAAACGCCGUUGA